AUGAGCGAGGCCGACCGGCAGGCGGCCGAGCGACAGGCGCAGGAACUCAACGAUCAGAUCAUGAUGAUGACUCCAGGAAGCUCCAUGGAUGGGGCUUUCGGAUUCGAUUCUCCAAGUCUGCACAAGAACAGCGUAAGCCUUGGCGCGGGGCAGGACUUGCUGAGCCAGAUGCAGAUGAUUGAUGACGAAGUGGAAGAAGAGGCCGAUGCUGAAGGG